GAUAGCUGAGCAGUGAGUCUCCAGCUGCUGAGCGGAGUGGAGCACACAGCACAGCGGACGCGUCCAACUCAUUUCUCCGUUGGACUGUCGUUUACUUUACCGUCAAUGUGAGAGGAGAGGACAGAGAAACAUGGAUGGACAGCGCCGGUCUUUAUUUUUACGGGGAACUUUAUCUUUCCUUUUCCUUCCUGUGCUGCUGCUGGAGCCCGGGACUGCUGGUAUGCCGCCUUUUUACCCAAUGAGUCAACUUUGUAAGUUCUGUGAUCUGGAGCUUUCCUCCUGUAGUGGUACAGGGACCUGCAUGUCCAACUGCUCCAUCACCUCCAUCUGUAUGGACAGCAACGAGGUCUGUGUCUCUAUCUGGAGGAAGAAUGAGACAGGCUUCUCCAUUGAAACUCUGUGUCAUGACCCAUCCAAGCUGCUCUAUGGUGUUAUGCUGGAUGACUACAACAGCUCCACCUGUGUGAUGAAGGAGAAGAACACAACAAGUGGGAUGGCUCACUUCUGCUCCUGUACUGAUGAAGAGGAGUGUAACGACAAACUGUUUUUCUCCCCCAUUGUGGAUCCAACUCCGGACAAUCCCUUGGUAUCAGUGAUUCUGGUGAGCCUGCUUCCCCUGCUGGUGAUGGGGAUUGUAAUUGUGGGAAUGUUCUACUGGUACAGAGCCUAUCGGCAACGCAUGAACCAAGAAUGGGAAAGCAGCAUUAAGAAGCGCAAGCCAAAAGCUGGAGGCCUUGACUGCAGCGAUGCCUGCGCCAUCAUGAUGGAUGAUGAUCGGUCAGACAGCAGUUCGACGCAUGCCAACAACCUGAACCACAACACUGAGCCACUGCCUAUAGAGUUGGAUCUGCUGGUGGGAAAGGGACGCUUCGCCCAGGUAUACAAGGCUAAGCUGAAGCAGACCACGUCAGAUCAGUUCGAAACAGUAGCUGUGAAGAUCUUCCCCUAUGAGGAAUACGCAUCCUGGAAGAACGAGAAAGACAUCUUCUCCAAUACAGACCUUCGACACGAGAACAUUCUCCACUUCCUGACAGCUGAGGAGAGGAAGGUGGAGAAACAGUACUGGCUCAUCACUGCCUUUCACCACAGGGGAAAUCUCCAGGAGCACCUGACACGUAAUGUGAUAAGCUGGGAGGAACUGCAGGUAUUGGGCAGGUCUCUGGCCCGAGGUGUCGCCCACCUUCACAGUGACCGCCUCGUCUGUGGACGCCCUAAGGUUCCCAUUGUCCAUCGAGACCUGAAGAGCUCCAACAUCCUGGUGAAGAACGACCUGACAUGCUGCCUGUGUGACUUUGGCCUUGGACUUCGUUUAGACAGUAGUCUGUCUGUGGAUGACCUCGCCAACAGUGGACAGGUGGGUACGGCACGUUACAUGGCUCCUGAGGUGCUGGAGGCCCGACUGAAUCUGGAGAACAUUGAGUCCUUCAAACAGACCGACAUUUACUCCAUGGCACUUGUACUUUGGGAGAUGACAUCGAGGUGUGAAGCUAUUGGAGAGGUGAAGGACUAUGAGCCUGCAUACGGCUCUAAAGUGCGAGAGCACCCCUGUGUGGAGAGCAUGAAGGAUAACGUGCUAAGAGACAGAGGAAGACCUGAGAUCCCCGACACCUGGCUCAGGCAUCAGGGUGUGGCAGUUAUCUGUGCCACCAUCAUGGAAUGCUGGGACCAUGACCCAGAGGCCAGACUUACCGCCCACUGUGUUGCUGAACGCAUCUCCGAGUUGGAGGAUGAGAUAGACAAACUGUCCAGCUGCAGCUCCUCGGCAGAGAAGAUCCCAGCGGAGCUGAAGAUCCCAAUAGAAGUGGGGAUCCCAGGGGAUGAGGUGAAAAUCACAGAAAUACAGGACAUCAUAGCUGUGGACUGCUCUGUGAGUGAUGAGAAGUGAGCAGAAGCUCUGCAUCUUCAUGGACUCUGAGGGAGAUUUUCCAACAAGGGCACUUGUUCUGCUUUGAUGAGACUGAAGGCAAGAAUCUCAGUAGUGAUGUCCAGGAGUUGAGCUCCUGUGUCCCAGGACUUGGAAUUGCAUCGUAGUGUCAUAUCUUAUUCUAGGCCAGCAAAGAGGGACUCUUGUAUUUCACCACUUCUAAAAUGUAACAGCUUGCCUCAAUCAGCUAAAAAGCUAAAGAGCCAAAAAGCCAAAGUUAACUGGAAGCUUCCAAAGAUGUGCUGAGCACAAAGACAGUGUUUUUUAAGAGUUAGACAGGUUUCCUUCUGACAAAAAGGUCACUCUGUGUAUGAAAGAAAAAACAGGCCAAUAGCUAUCAAACCAAAGACUUCUGAUUUGCACUUUACCAGGUGAUACUUAUGCAUUAUAGAUGUUUGUUCAUACUGCCUAACAUUUUGGAGCUAAGGGGAGUUUGUGCCUGUUAGUGUCUUUCUGUGUCUGACUUUGAGCCAAAGUGUCAGCAGAGAUGUCGCCUUAAUGCUACUGAUGCUGCGGACUCCAUCCUUACCAGCAGCAAUCCAAAGGAAUGUGUAUGUGUGUGAAUGAGAAUGUGUGUGUAACCAUAUUGUUUUUACCCAGCUAUACUUAAACCUUGUUUGAAUGAACAAGCACAAUGUACAUAGAGACAAUAACUGUACAGAGGAGACAGGUCAGCCAAAAAGGGAAUGUAAUCCUACUACUUAGCUUUGAAUGCAAAUUAAAAGACUUCACAGAUAUGUAUUUUUUAAAAAAGAUAGUAUAUGUUUUCUGUCAUAAACAUCAGGAAACUGAGGAGUGUGCCAAAGAUCCUUUACCCUGCCUUACAUACAGUAUGUGUCAUUUGUAAAAUAUUGUACAUCUUUUAUGAAUUAAAGAUAUUUCUGUAUACUGAGA